AUGAGUCCUCCAGCACCAAUUACCCCUCAACCAAAUGUUCCAGUUCACUAUGUCAAAGCAGAGACAGGAGAGGUUAUCACACUGGGAAAUGUCAAAUUGAGAAUUUUGGAGGAUGGAAGUAGGACUGAUAACCGAAUUUCAACCGUUGAGGGCACUCUUCCUGCGGGUUUAAAGGGACCUCCAGCGCACUGGCACGAGAUGCAUGAUGAAUGCUUUUUGGUAACGCAAGGUGUAAUAACCUUCCAAGUUCCCGCCAAUCCCUCAACCGGCGAAUCCGAGAAGAGGAUCGAUGCAGGAGUAGGUGAUUAUGUGGUUGUACCUACUAAAGCUCCUCAUACAUUUAGCAAUGAGACGGACGAGGAAGCGAAAUUUGUUAAUACUUUUACUCCGGCAUUUUACAUCCAUUACUUCAAACUCCUCGCUAAGAUGAUAGAAGAUGGAAAGGAAUUGACGCCAGAGAUUAAUAUGGCAGCCAUGGCUUAUUAUGCUACGAUUCCCGUGCCAAGAAGGAACUGAGAUGAUGUUUUGGAGUAUUUGUUUUGAAGGUUCAGAUUCUUGGGAUCGCGAUCUUUUGAUUUUGAAGUAGCGGUUGUUUGGUAACCUUGAACAUUUUUUCAGAAGAAUUUACGGGAUUAUCCAUGAUCGCCGUUACCGGAAAAUUGUGAAUCGAAGAGAUUUUCUUCUCAUAUACAUCCUGCUUUCGUAUGUGUCGGACUAUUUUAAAACAUAUGUAGCGGCGGUGUUGGAAUUUAAUAACUUGAAAUUUCUCACCAGCAAAUCAUAUUAGUCUCAUUUAUCUCAUCUAAAUUAGGUCAAAGGCUCAAUGUAUGGUCAAGAUGAGUUUACUCCAAAUUU